GAGGAAAGCCAGUUCCUGAAGGCGGAAGGUUUGAACCGCUCCUAGGUACUGCUGCGUUGUGUGCCGUUCCUUAGCUGGCGCUUCCCGGCUCUGAUUUAACGGACGUCUGGGCUAAAACACUCUUUCUGUGGCCUUAUUUCUCCGCGGUUGUGAUUGUUUUUUUCAUCAAGAAACAUGACUUAUUGGUAAUUUGUCAAAUUGAAGAAAUAUUCCAUCCCUCGAGAAGCAGCUGUGGGCAGACGCUGCGUCUUUGAAUAUUUUGGCAAAUUAAAUUAGCACAGGGCCACUGGUUGGUCUCAUUCCCACGACUUUUCAGCCCAGAACUAAAAUACAGACUUGUCCAUUAAGGGAACUGUGUGUGCUACUCUGUUUCCUGUUUCCUUUAGUCUUCACCUUGGAAGGACAUUUUAUCCAUAGUCAAAGUAAUGGCGGCUGAAGUGCAAAUGGUACUUUAUGAAGAUGAUUCAGUGCAAGUACAUUAUGUUGAUGGUUCCAGACUACAGCUUUCUCCCUGUGGGUCUGAAUUUUUAUUUGAAAAGGCUCCUCCUGUUUCAGCACAUCCUUUAGAACAGCCAGAAAGAAUUCGUCAAAGGACACACUUUGUUAUUAGCACUUACCGAAAGCAACUGCAGCGAGCCCUCGAUUUUCGAAACUCUGCUGCUAUUUGCCCUUUUUUAUCUGAAAGCCUCAUACCUUCUGAAAGAAAAAAGCGUAUCUUCACUGACAUCUCAGAAGUGAGAUGGCCCAGUCGUGAUACUGAUGAUGGCAUGAUAUGUCUGCAGAGUGGCACUGUGAAGAUAGCAUCUUUAGAUGGUCAUGCAUAUCUUUGUCUGCCCAAAUCUCAGCACGAAUUUUCAGUACAUUUUUUGUGUAAAGUAAGCCAGAAGCCAGACUCAUCCAUCAUAUUGUCAGAAAAGAAUAGUCAAGACAAAAACGGCAAACCAGUUGAGACAGCAGGCAAGACCUGUACUCAUGGGAGUUUAUCAGGACAAAGGCUGAAGAAUAAAGAAAAUGAACUUUAUUCUCAGAUCGGGAAAUCCAAAGAAUCUUUAGAGGAAAAGAUUUGUGUAACUGAAGACAGGGAGGGGCUGCCUCCUCCUGGUACAAAACACACAUGUAUAUACACGUGGGUACAGCAAUGCUGGUCUGUGGCCUCCUGUCCAGAGGAAUGGAAAUACCCUUUGUCCUUGGCACUUCAUUUUCGUAAUAAAAUCAGCAGGAUGUCUGGAAUUGAUGCAGAUAUAACCCAGAGUGAAGUUUUAACUUCUCAUGGGUCAGAGGAAAGAGGAAAAGAGGUCUCUGUUCUUCCCAGGGCCCUGUUGCUCAGCUGUCCGGUCCCACACCUGCACAGGUGGGAUUUUUGUGAUUCACUUUCCCAGAGGCUGUUUGAUGAAGAAUAUUCCUAUCGUGAGCUAGUGAAAGUGGUUUGGUACAAGGGUAUUACAUAUAGACUUGCCCAUAAAAAUGUGAACUCUAUAGAGAUUUAUCCUGGAGAUGGAUCUGUUUUCAAAUCAGAAGGAGCGUAUUUGGGGAACUAUUUUACAUAUUACUCCAUUCAAGAAGGGUCAGAAGAGAGAGAAGAGAAAACUUACUCAGUAAAUAACCUUCCUCCAGAUAGACCAGGAAGUCUAUUUUCUGUGUGUUCUCUACUUGAACAGGCAACUAGAAUUCUGCAACAUUGUGCCAAGAUGAGGCUUUCUUUAAGCCAUAACUGUUGGAUAUGCUGCUGGAAAAUGGUACCUAGGAUACAUGAUAGCAAUAUACUGCCUUUGCUUUUGAGAGACUCGCUCAUACCCAGCGUGGGAAGAUUUCUUGCAUACUCUGAUAACAAAGUACAUGCUAUCUUUUUGGAUGGCAUUACUGUGACCCUAAAUUGGAAUUUCAGCUCCUUUAUUGAAAAGUUACAGUUUCAGAAUGAUAAAACUUACCCCUCCUCCUUGCUUCUUGAGGUAAAUCAAGGUCUCAACUUAGGUUGGUGUAAGUUAACUUUUCCUGAUGGGCAAGAUCAGUUAAUUCAGACUGAACAUGCUGGACCAUAUGAAAGAUAUGUGACAACAGUAAUAUCAUGGUGUAGAAGACUAACCAAUACUUGUUGGGGAGAGACGCCCACACAUCCUUCAUCUUUUGUUCUUGAAGAAAAUUGGUCUGUGGCUUCUGAACUUGAAAAGAUAAAGAAGUUUAAUUUGUUAUUGGAGAACAGUGGUAUCCUAAACCAGAUUUCUAGCAAGAAAAACAAAGAGUCUUCUGAUCAUCAUAAACCAAAAUCUUCAAAAAUCUUGUUGGAAGAAGUUAAUGAAAAGAGAGUAUCAGUGGCUUUGAAAAAAACCUCUGAAAUUCUUCAGGAUAUUGACUGUCUUCUGUCAAACUCUAAAAAGUGAAAAAUGGAAGUAUUACAGUAUAUUAUUAAACCUUAAGGAUGGUGUUUCAAGUGAUUGGUAUAAAAUUACUAGUAAGCCAAGAAACUAUAUAUUACUUCUGUACAAUGAUUAUAUGAGAAAUGACAUUUAACUGUAGAGGUGUUUUACUAACAUAAAUAUUAAAACAUUUAUAAUAUAGUUUACUAAUUGAGAACUAUUUUGAACAAUUUCUUAUUUCAGACUUAUGAGAACUGAUUAUAGCUGUUGACGUUUUAUCUUGCAUUAUUUUCAAGGUUUUUCUUUUAAUAUGCAGAAUUGUGUGCAUUUGGUCAUUUGCUAUUUAGUCUCUCAAGCAAGUAUUUCUCAGUAUACCUAUGUGGGAUUAAUGGGAUUAAUACAUAAAUCAAGUAAUAUAGAAAUCAAAUGUACAAAUACAUAUGACCUGAUUGUUUAUCCUACAACUCC